CUCUCUUCCUCCUCCCCCUUCCACUCGUCUCGCCAUUAACGAGAGCUCCAGGGAGAAGAAAAAGUUGGGUUCUUUUUCCCACCCCCAAAUCCUCACAGAGAAUUUCACGCCCACGGUCCCACCUCAGCUCCGACCCAAGCUAGCUCACGCGCAAAAAACACCGGCCAGCUCUGCUUGAUCCAGCGUUUUGUUGCGGGAUUCCUCCCUGAUUUUCGUCGUUUGUUCUUUUUUGGGGUUGUUUGGCGCCGAAUUCGAGAGGAGGGACGAGAGGCGAGAGUUUGGGGGAGUUCUUGCCGGUAUGCGGCUGCACGGGGAGGUUUCCUUCGAUGAGGACGAGGAGGAAGUGGCGGUGGUUCCGGCGGCGCUGCCGUCGCCGCUCAACGGCGGGGCCGUGGCGGUGACGAGGCUUGUGGUGGGGUACGCCCUCACCAAGAAGAAGGUGAAGAGCUUCCUACAGCCCAAGCUGCUCUUGCUGGCGAGGAAGAAGGGAAUUACUCUCAUAGCAAUUGAUGACACCCGUCCGCUUGCAGAUCAAGGCCCAUUUGAUAUCAUCUUGCACAAGAUUACUAGCAAGGAAUGGCAACAGGUUCUGGAGGAUUAUCAUGAGGAACACCCAGAAGUUACAGUCCUUGACCCACCAAAUGCUAUCAAGCAUCUAAAUAAUCGGCAAUCGAUGCUUGCAGAAGUAUCUGAUUUGAACAUGUCCAGUUUCUACGGAGAAAUUUGCACUCCACGCCAACUGGUUGUUAUGAAAGAUCCAUCCUCUAUACCAACCGCAGUUGCCAUGGCUGGACUAACGUUGCCCUUGGUUGCAAAACCACUGGUUGUUGAUGGAACAUCUAAAUCCCAUGAACUAUCUCUUGCAUAUGAUGAGGCAUCCUUGUCAAUGCUUGACCCUCCUCUGGUCCUCCAGGAAUUUGUGAACCAUGGUGGAAUCCUCUUCAAGGUGUACAUCAUUGGUGAAUAUAUACAGGUUGUACGGCGUUUCUCUCUUCCUGAUGUUAACACCUAUGAUUUACUAAACAAUACUGGCGUCUACCGACUUCCAAGAGUUUCAUGUGCUGCAGCAAGCGCAGACCAUGCAGACCUUGAGCCUCAUAUCGCAGAACUUCCUCCAAGACCGCUCCUAGAGAAACUGGGAAGGGAGCUUCGUGGACGACUGGGUUUAAGAUUGUUCAACAUAGAUAUGAUCAGAGAACUUGGAACCAAAGAUCGGUACUAUAUAAUUGACAUCAACUACUUCCCAGGGUUCGGGAAAAUGCCAGGUUAUGAGCACAUAUUCACCGAUUUCUUGGUAAAUCUUGCGCAAAGCAAGUACAAGAAGUGCCUAAGCGGCGGCUGAAGUGCAAAGAACUCGAGCCCUGUUGAAGAUUAACAAAAUGUCAUGUAACGGUCCAGCAGUGUACAUAUCUCGGAGGAAUAAGUUUAAUCCCAAUGCUUCGAGGAAGUGAGAGUGAGGGUGUUUUCCAACAAAAAAAGGCGGCACCUAUUGGAGGAUUAGAAAAAAGAGUAGAGAAAAUGGGAGAUUUCUAAUGCCGAGCGCUUGUAUAAUCACUAACCGUGAACGUUGUUCCCAGCGACAGCGAGCCUUCGUGAAGGCUCUGUCUCAAUAAUUCAGUACCUUUUUCAU